GCGCCUGCGCAGUGGCUCCGAGCGGGCGGUUGCUUGUUGGUUGUUGUAGUAACGGGGGAAGCAGCGGACUGCGGCGGCCGGGAGCCAGGCAGGGGAAGGAGGAGGGAAGUAGGAGCAGAACGCGGUCCCCGCCUGCCCGCCCGGAGCCAUGGGAGGAUGAGCCAGGACUCUGUGCCACCCAAAUUGUUUGAUCCAGUGAAUCUGCAAGGAAAGGUCUCUGAGGCCCCCUGUCUGCUGACUGCAUGACAAACCCCAAGGGAAAUGCCAGUCGUGAUGGCCCGGGACCUGGAGGAAACAGCGUCAUCCUCAGAGGAUGAGGAGGUGGUAAGCCAAGAGGAUCAUCCAUGUAUCAUGUGGACAGGAGGCUGCAGGAGAAUCCCAGUUUUGGUGUUCCAUGCUGAGGCGAUUCUGACAAAAGACAAUACUAUCCGAGUCAUUGGAGAACGUUAUCAUUUGUCUUAUAAGAUUGUGCGAACGGACAGUCGCCUGGUACGCAGCAUUCUGACAGCCCAUGGAUUUCAUGAAGUUCACCCGAGCAGCACGGACUAUAACCUAAUGUGGACUGGAUCCCACCUGAAGCCCUUCUUACUUCGCACCCUCUCUGAAGCACAAAAGGUUAAUCACUUUCCCAGGUCUUAUGAACUCACCCGGAAGGACCGACUAUAUAAAAAUGUCAUUCGAAUGCAGCACACGCAUGGAUUCAAGGCUUUUCACAUCCUGCCUCAGACCUUCCUCCUGCCAGCUGAGUACGCGGAGUUCUGUAAUUCAUAUUCAAAGGAUCGGGGACCUUGGAUAGUAAAACCAGUGGCCUCCUCUAGGGGUCGGGGUGUCUACCUAAUCAACAAUCCAAACCAGAUUUCCCUGGAAGACAACAUCCUGGUGUCCCGUUACAUUAACAACCCCUUGCUCAUAGAUGAUUUCAAGUUUGAUGUGCGCCUCUAUGUGCUUGUGACUUCCUAUGACCCUCUUGUCAUCUAUCUUUAUGAAGAAGGCUUGGCUAGGUUUGCAACUGUACGGUACGAUCAAGGAGCCAAGAACAUUCGGAACCAGUUCAUGCACCUGACCAACUACAGUGUGAAUAAGAAGAGUGGAGAUUAUGUCAGUUGUGAUGAUCCUGAAGUGGAGGAUUAUGGGAACAAAUGGAGUAUGAGUGCUAUGCUCAGGUACCUGAAACAAGAAGGUAGAGAUACAACUGCGUUGAUGGCCCAUGUGGAAGACCUAAUCAUUAAGACUAUAAUCUCUGCUGAGUUGGCUAUUGCCACAGCCUGUAAAACCUUUGUUCCGCAUCGCAGCAGUUGUUUUGAACUUUAUGGAUUUGACGUGCUCAUAGAUUCUACUCUGAAGCCAUGGCUACUGGAAGUGAAUCUCUCGCCUUCUUUGGCCUGUGAUGCACCUCUGGACCUAAAGGUUAAAGCCAGUAUGAUUUCAGAUAUGUUCACUGUUGUAGGAUUCGUGUGCCAAGAUCCUGCCCAGCGGGCCUCGACCCGGCCAAUUUAUCCCACCUUUGAGACUUCCAGGAGGAACCCUUUCCAGAAACCGCAGCGUUCCCGUCCACUCUCUGCCAGCGAUGCAGAAAUGAAAAACCUCGUGGGCUCAGCUCGGGAGAAAGUGCCGGGGAAAUUAGGUGGUUCUGUGCUUGGUCUAUCAAUGGAGGAGAUCAAAGUUCUACGGCGGGUGAAGGAGGAGAAUGAUCGGAGAGGUGGAUUUAUUCGCAUAUUCCCUACAUCAGAGACAUGGGAAAUAUACGGGUCCUACCUCGAACACAAGACCUCCAUGAACUAUAUGCUGGCAACACGCCUCUUCCAGGACAGAAUGACUUCUGAAGGAGCACCGGAAUUAAAGGUGGAGAGUACGAACUCGAAGGCCAAGCUGCAUGCAGCUCUUUAUGAACGGAAGCUCCUGUCUCUGGAAGUGCGGAAACGUAGACGUCGGAGUGGCAGGUUAAGGACGAUGAGGCCAAAAUACCCAGUGAUUACCCAACCAGCUGAAAUGAAUGUUAAAACUGAGACAGAGAGUGAAGAAGAGGAAGAAGGUGCAUUAGACAAUGAAGAUGAAGAACAGGAAGCCUCCUUGGAGGAGUCUGCAGGAUCCCUUGGAGAAAAUCAAGCCAAGUAUGCACCCUCAUUGACCGUUGUGGUAGAAAAUUCACCCAAAGAAACCUUGAAAGUUUUGGAAUGGAAUAAUAAAAAUGAACAGAGCUGCAAAAUUGAGACUCGAAAACCAGGGCCUAAAUUUAGCCUGAUGCAAAUUCUACAAGACAAUGGGAAUCUUAGCAAAGUGCAGGCCCGAAUAGCAUUCUCUGCCUAUCUCCAGCAUGUUCAGACCCGCCUGAUGCAAGACAGUGGAGAUCAAACGUUCAGUGCCAGUUGGGCUGCCAAAGAGGACGAACAGAUGGAACUGGUGGUUCGUUUCCUUAAGCGAGCAUCAAGCAACCUCCAUCAGUCAUUGCGGAUGGUAUUACCCAGUCGACGACUGGCACUUCUAGAACGCAGGAGAAUCCUGGCCCACCAACUGGGUGACUUCAUUUUUGUGUACAACAAGGAAACAGAACAAAUGGCUGAAAAGAAAUCGAAGAAGAAACUUGAGGAAGAAGAGGAAGACGGGGUGAAUACAGAAAACUUUCAGGAGUUCAUCAAACAAGCAAGUGAGGCUGAACUAGAAGAAGUGUUGACUUUUUAUACCCAAAAAAACAAGUCUGCAAGUGUAUUCCUGGGGACUCACUCCAAAAGUUCUAAGAACAGCAGCAGUUAUUCUGAUACUGGGGCAAAAGGUGAUCACCCUGAGACGAUGGAAGAAGUGAAAAUAAAGCAGCCUAAACAGCAACAUGCAACAGAAAUUCACUCUGAUAAAUUCUCUCGUUUUACCACUGCAGCAGAGAAAGAGGCUAAAUUAGUCUAUACUAGUUCUUCCUCAACUUCUUUCUCUGGUCCUGCUGCUGCUCUUCUGCAGAAAACUCCCAACGCCCAUUUGUCGUCUAUGAUCACAACCUCUGACCUCCCGCCAGGGCCUGGCCACCAUUCUUUAUCUCAGAUUCCUCCAGCUAUCCCCAGCAUGCCUCACCCGUCAACAGUUUUACCAAGCGCAGUCCCUGACAGUGCUUCUCCUUCUUUACAUCCUGGGACACAGAACGUACCAAGCCCCGCUGGCCUGCCGCGCUGUCGGUCAGGCAGUUACACCAUUGGCCCCUUUUCCUCCUUCCAAAGUGCUGCACAUAUCUAUAGCCAGAAACUGUCUCGUCCCUCUUCAGCAAAGGCAGGUUCAUGCCAUCCAAACAAGCAUCAUUCAGCAGUAGCCAAAGUACAGAGAGAGGGAGAGGAUGGUUCCUCCUGCAGCAAACGGUACAGCCAAAGUCUGGUUACGGCUGAGCUUCAGCGGCUAGCAGAGAAGCAGGCGGCUCGGCAGUAUUCUCCCUCCAGCCACAUAAAUCUCCUCACCCAGCAGGUAUCAAACAUGAAUUUGGCAAGUGGCGUCAUAAGCAGAAGCAGUGCUUCACCUCCCCCCACCCUCCGGCCUGUCAUCAGUCCGAAUGUCCCGACAUGGUCAAACCAGUCAGACCCCCAAGCUCCCGAGAGUCAAUCCAGCCCUCCUGGAAGCAGGAGCCUGCAGACAGGUGGCUUUGCCUGGGAGGGAGAGGUAGAGAACAACGCGUAUAGCAAGGCAACAGGGGUGGCCCCCCAGCACAAGUAUCACCCCACCGCGGGCAGUUACCAGCUCCAUUUUGCCCUGCAGCAGCUUGAACAACAAAAACUUCAAUCACGGCAGCUUCUGGACCAAAGUCGAGCCCGACACCAGGCAAUCUUUGGCAGCCAGACACUACCUAACUCCAAUUUAUGGACAGUGAAUAAUGGUGCAUCUUGCAGAAUUCCAAGUGCCACAGGCAGUGGCCAGAAGCCAAUCACUUUGUCACAAAAAGUGGUGCCACCUCCAAGCUCGUCGUCCUCCUUGUUCCCCAAGCCCCCGUCCAAUCACAAACAAGUGCUCAGAAAGUCAACAUCCCAGAGGUCUUCCAAAGGCUCCUCGGCUGAAGGCCUGCUGAACGGACUCCAGAGCAGUCUUAACCCCGCAUCCUUUCUGCCCAUCACCAGCUCCACAGGUUAG